CACAACACGACACUCGCACUGCCCUCUACUCUGCGGUACUCACUACCUGUUGUACACCAUCGAAUCAGAAGACACCAGCCAAGCACGACUCAAAUUUUGCAUACCACUCGACCUACGACCACAGCAGAGCCAUGGGAGACCUUAGCCUCCGCCAUAUUCCAGACCUAUCGGAUGCAUCAGCCAUUGCAGACUUCUCCGAUGCCUCGUUCCAAAUUCCUCGUGCCGCCGAUGACUUCCUUCUCGCAGACGAUACCAUCGACUUUUUCAAUGGUGCAGACGAUACCCUUGCCACACCCGCUCCGCCAUCAAGGCCCGCGCCGCAACCCCCGUUAACUCUUGCCGAACUCACGCCGCGCUCGAAGCCUGUGCGUGCCAUGCCCGUGCGAUCAUCUCUUCGCCCGCGUCCUGGGAUUGCUACGCCCCAUAAGGCUGCUGUUGUCAACAAACUCUCUGCGGCUCUCGCGGAGGAUCUGUCACCCUUCCGUCACCAAGACCCCUCUUUCCAAAUUCCUCCCCAACAAACGGACCUCGAAGACCUUCUAAUGGCCGACGAAGGGUCUAACUUCUUCCAAGGAGAGGAACCUUCACAGGAUUCUGUCCCAUUGCGCGCUCGUAGUCCCUUGACAUUGAGUCAGCUCAGUCCGGGACCUCAGAAGCGUAUGCCGCUGCCAUCGCCGACCAGCCCCGACGGGCCCUCUUCCAUCAUCCGACCUUCCUACUCCGUUAUUGCGAAUGAUGAUGGGCGGCUCGCAGAUGCCUAUGAGAGAAACACAGCCGACAUCCAACCACCGGCCUCGACUGUGGCCAAUCUCAUUCCGGUCAUAGCGGAAGUGCUAUCGGCUGGCCCGGCUGACCGAUUGGCUGUCGAACGACCUGCCGAGAAGGGCAUAGUCAAGGGUCCUCCCAAGACCAAUCACGCAAAGGAACAGAAGAAACUUCCCGGCGGCGACAAAGCGAAGCGAAAGAAGGUGACACCCGUUGCAGCGGUCACCAAACCCGCCAAACUCAAACCCCUGACUGCAUCCAUCGCGCGCAGAAUUUCACUUGGAGGGAAGAAGACGGUACCUGGAAUGCGGCGUCGACCACUCCAGGCGCCGCCUGCAGCUGCCGCGACAAGAGGAAUCAGCGUCCGGCGUGUUGAUGGUGCUGCGCAGUCAGCGUCGUCCGCUGUUCUCACCGACGUCAAACCUCCCCGGGUAGGCGGUGCCUUAGCCGAUACUCUACUGUCGUUCGGCCAAAGGCUCAUGGCGAGUACUGCGAGGAUAGAAGUCGGUGAAGACGCGCUUUUGGUCAACGAUGCCCCGAGUUGUGCACUGCCUGAGACCGACGUCCCAGCACCGACAGCUACAACUCAACAUCCCGCAGGAUGGCUCAACGAGGGCGGGGACUCGGAGGCUAUCGCUGGCCCGAGUAGUCGCGUAUCCCCGCGGGGAAGUGGGAUUGGAGCAGCGUCGGCCACGCUAGCGUCAGGGUCGCUUAGCCCUGCAGGAGCGCCCGCGGACGUCCUCGAUCAACAUGCGACCGAGCCCCAGGUCUCAGAGACACGACGUUCUCCCUCCCCGAUGCGUCGUUCAAUCAAACGUGCGGGGUCUCCAGCGUGUGAGCCACCUGCACAACAACGCAAACGAAGCAAGACCACAUCCGGACCGUCGGCACCGCUCGCCUCGAAGGAGCCCCUUCCCCGCAAACCUGCCCUACAGCCUUCACGGUCAAGGAACGGGGCGGCGGCGGCGGCGUCCAACGGCGCGCGGGCGCGGCGCGUGGUGUCCGCAAGUGCCAGCACCGCGAAUCUAGGCGCGAAGACCGACGGAGCGCGCCAGCCUGCAGUCGCGCCACUGAAGCCGCUCUCGCAUAGUGGCCCUGGAAAUACUGUCGACGGGGGAAAACCGAAGGUCCCUUUUGGGGGUGAGAUCGUUGACAGCAAGAGCGGUGCUCACGUCCCGACCUCGAGCAGGGGUGGCAAAUCAAGGGGCACAGUCCAGUCGCAAAAGGAAAAUCUGACCGACGCAAAGGAGCGUCAGACCCACGAGCGUCGUGAUGGACUCGGACAGACAUCCAGUUCCACCCGGGGAAUCGCCUCCGCGGACAGACAGCCGACAAGUUCGUCGUCCGCGAAGCCCACGAAGCCGAUGGAGUUCCAGUUUGCGACGUCGAUGCGCGGCGAGGCACGGCGGGCUGACCUCGAAAAGUCAGCCAGUAGCAGCGGGAGCAGCCACACGAUGUCCCUGCGGCAGUCGAAGGCGUAUGCUGCGCACCCGAUCCCUGACUUCAAGGCGCUCCACGCCAUGCAACAAUCUAUGCUCGCCCAACGCAAAGCGGAGAUUGCCCCCGUCGUACCACUCCAGAUCGAACUCUCCACAGAGGCGCGGGCACGCGAGCGCGAGCAGUUCGAGGAAGCUCGCCGUGCACGCGAGGCCGAGCUUGAGCGACAACGUGAAGAGCGGCGGCGACAGCAAGAGCUCGAGGAGGAGCAGGAGAUCAAGGAGCUGAGGAAACGUGCGGUACCCAAGGCGAACGAGGUCCCGGAGUGGUACGCGCUCGCGCCGAAGAAGUCGAAGGCGGGCACCGGAAACUGAGGUACCGGGAAUCUUUGUGCUCUGCAUCCCGCCGGGGGCGUGCCCGACUGAAGGUUCCGAGGAGCGGGACGGACGCGCAGAACGGGGGUUGUGGCGCACUGCGCUCGCGCCCAGCCGCUGCGGUGGUGGGGGCGGUGGGAGGUGAAGGGCGGGGACGCUAUGAUUAUGGCAUGAGAGUCAUCUGUACGUUACUACCCCCCGCGACAUCUUCUCUGCAUUCAUGCACCCCGAUGGAGGUGUGUCGUGUAUGUUAUUUUUGUCCGUGACUCACUGCUCGUCUUCGUGCUCGGCGGACUACCUAUCAAUAUCUGGAUAUCUGGACAC